AUGAAUCUCGUUUGGUGUCUAGAAUUAGCAUUGAAAGCCUACAUGAACACUGUUAAAUCAUGUGAGAAAUUAAAGGAAUUGGGGGUACCAGAGUUGCUAUCAGCCAUGGCUGCAGGAUGGAACACGAAAUUCAUAGUAGAAUCAUGGUCCUACGACGUUUUGCAUGCAAGAAUGCAUCACAUAUAUAGAAACUAUUGUGGUGGGUUCAGAUGGAGUGUGCUGCUACAAAGGGGUGUGCAUGUGGUUAGGUCAGUGUUCCUUCGGGUUGGAAAGGGUUUGGAUAUGUAUUACAUAUAUUGA